UGAUUGACUUCUUGCACGGGGAAAAUGUUGCGUGUUUGGCUGCACGACGGGAACCAUAUCUCAAUUAUGGGAUUAAUAUACGACUCAUAAAAGCGAUACCGCCUGUAUCUCCUUUCUCGCACCCGUUCUCUCAUCGCUUCCUCUUGCGCUCGUAAUUUCUUCCCAUUGCAUGCAUUCCGUUGACUGAAGUGUAUAAUCCAAUUGCUCGGUGUACUACCGCGAUUCGUUCCUGCCAAUAGAUCGUAUUUUGAUCAAAACGACUGCGAACGUUGCUUUCGAUUUGACGUAUAAUACGCGAUAACGAAUGUGUUUUCGCAUAAUCGAGAAAUAUGCAUUUUUCCAAUCGCUUAUGAUUUAUUUAUAGGAGCUAGUCGACGAGUUUUGCGAAAUGUAUCGGGAGAGAAAGAGACUUAGUAAAUAAAUUUAUUAUUUAAGUAGGAGUGUUAUGUGAAAAUAUGGAACAAUCGUGUACCGCAUAGGUUGUCGCGAUGUCGUCGCGAAGACGAAUGGAUCGUCUCGUGGAAGGUGCCCGUCUGGAGGACAUCGUCAAGUACGUGCUGAGGCAUACGAGGCUCACGGAUGUGCGCGCGCGGUACUUGGUCAUCGAGAUUCUUAAGGCCGGGAUUGCUCUAGGUAGGAUUAAAAGGACUCCGCACUCCACUUAUGUACUCGCGUCCUCCAAGACCACCGCGAUCGGCCAAAGAAUCACGGAGCCCAGAUUCCACAACGGCAGCAGCUGCAGCUCGUUCUCGUCGAGUAAUCGUCAGCAAUAAUAUGAAUUAAGUGCGAAAUCGUAUAAUGUCUAAUUCCGCGAGUGAGCGCGUUACAACUAUGUUCCGCACGAUUUGCAUUUUAGCGUUUCGAAUAUCUAUGAUAACAGUUAGCAGUUAAUAUUCACGGGACACGCAAUACUCCAUGCCGAUAAUAUAUCUCUGUUACAAUACUGCGUGCGCGAUAAUGUGCCGUCUUAAAAUUAUCACACCAGUGUCCAAUAUUGUGCUAAUAACUGUGAAACACGCGAUGCUAUAUUGCAAGAUAAUUUAUAAUACAUAAAAUUGUAUAUUAUACUACUGUGUUCAUAUACAAUAUAUUACCGCCAAUACUUCACCGAACAUGUAGUAAUUUAUAUGAAUGUGCUUAUUAAAAUUGUAAUUUUGAAACACGUUACAAACGUUGUGGCAUAAGGAAGUACAUUACAUUGCGUAAUAUAAAUUAAAAGUUUCUUUCAAAUAAUAUGAAAUAUUGUAAAUAAUAAAUGAAAAAUUUACAGUGAAUAUAGCGUGAUAAUAAUGACUUUUACCAUAUCGAAGGAUUCAAUUCGUAUCGAGCUCAAAAUGUUUUUAAUCUCGUUUUUCUCUGAAAAUGAUAUUCCCGAUGACCUUUUCUUUUCAACGUCCGUUAAGCCUCGGUAGUAGGUACCUAAAUGAGCGAGUAUCUCGUCCAUGUCGAAGAAACGAAAUGAAUUUGCCGACUAAGGAACAUUCUCGCGGCGGCGAGUGGGCGAUGUCGAUGGUUAACGACGAUGGAAUCGUAUUGCUCAGUUCCAUCGGGUUCUUGUGAGCAGUUUCAACCCUCGGAAGAAUAUUCGAACCGAUAUUCUCUCGGCUACGGCUUUUCGGUUGCGGCCAGAAAAGGCACGCAGCGGCCCCCGCUUCGAUAAUUGGUUCGUUUUAACUGCGAGCUUAAAGGUUAUGAAUUUAUGCUUCGCCGCGUAAGAUAUAAUUGGUUGUUCAAUUAAUAUCCCGAUAAAAAAGCCUCGACUGCUCUCGCCUCUUUUCCGUUCCUCUUCGCUUUCGCUUGCUUCGCCGCGUGCGCCGUCAGCGGGGGUCCCGAACUACUGAAAAUUCUUUCAACCCCGUA